AUGGGGCGCGUGGCGCUGCCCGCCUGGCUGCAGCCCAGGUACAGGAAGAGUGCCUAUCUUUUCAUCUAUUACUUAAUCCAAUUCUGUGGCCACUCAUGGAUAUUUACAAAUAUGACAGUUAGAUUUUUUUCAUUUGGAAAAGAUUCAAUGGUUGACACUUUUUAUGCUAUUGGACUUGUGAUGCGACUUUGCCAAUCCAUUUCUCUCCUGGAGUUGCUGCACAUAUAUGUCGGCAUUGAAUCAAAUCAUCUUCUCCCAAGGUUUUUGCAGGAAAUAAAGUACACUUACAGCAUGUUAUCAGUCAUAGGAAUAUCCUAUGCUGUCUUGACGUGGCUCAGUCAAACACUAUGGAUGCUGAUUUAUCCUCUCUGUGUUCUUGCUGAAGCAUUUGCCAUCUAUCAGUCACUGCCUUAUUUUGAAUCAUUUGGCACUUACUCCACCAAGCUGCCCUUUGAUGUAUCCAUCUAUUUCCCAUACGUGCUGAAAAUAUAUCUCAUGAUGCUCUUUAUAGGUAUGUAUUUUACCUAUAGUCACCUUUACUCAGAAAGAAGAGACGUCCUCGGAAUCUUUCCCAUGAAAAAGAAGAAAAUGUGA